AUGGACGGAGCUCCGCGGGCAGCAGGAAGCUCAUGCGGGCAGUGCCUGAUUGCUGCAGGUGAAGAUUUGCGCGUGGCGCUGCGCAGUGAUGACGUAACCCGUGCUCCCAGCCCCGUCUUCGCAACCCCAAACAUGGCGGUGCAGACCAACCUCGCGCCCCCAAAGAAGAAGGCCCCGGCCGGAGCGGUGCAGUCCAAUCUGGUCCGGGCCAGUGUGCAGACUAUGCAGAACCCCAUGAAUGUUGAUCCAAAAGCCAACGGACACUCCCCACUGCCCCGGCUCUCCAUCUCCUCCCGCUCAGCCUCCGUGGUGACCAGCCUGGACACACAGGACCCAGCCGCCGGCCUGCACUCCGUCAUGAAGUGGAAGACCGUACUGGCCGUGUUCGUGGUGGUGCUGGUGUACCUGGUGUGCGGGGGUCUGACCUUCAGCGUACUGGAGGAGCCCCACGAGAGCCAGCAGAAGAUCCUCAUCACCCACACCAAGAGAGACUUCCUGGAGACGCACCAGUGUGUGAGCCGCCACGAGCUGGAGGACCUCCUCAAGCACGCCAUCGAGGCCAUGAACGCCGGAGUGAGUCCUCUGGGGAACGCAACGCACUUCUCCAGCUACUGGGACAUGGACGGGGGAUUCUUCUUUGCCGGGACAAUCAUCACCACAAUAGGCUUUGGGAACAUCGCCCCCAGCACUGUGGGAGGCAAGAUCUUCUGCAUCCUCUACGCCAUCUUUGGCAUCCCCCUGUUCGGAUGUCUGCUGGCGGGCAUCGGGGACCAGCUGGGCACCAUCUUUGUCAAGAGCAUCCUCAGAGUGGAGAAGAUCUUCAAGCAGAAGCACCGUAAGAUCAGCCAGACAAAGAUCUGUGUGACGGCCACCAUGCUGUUCAUCCUGGCGGGCUGCCUGGUGUUCGUGACUUUGCCCGCGCUCAUCUUCAAACACAUUGAGGGCUGGAGCACGCUGGAGGCCAUCUACUUCGUGGUCAUCACUCUGUCCACCGUGGGCAUCGGAGACUACGUGGCAGGGGGGGACCAGAGUAUCGAGUACCGCGACUGGUACAAGCCGCUGGUGUGGUUCUGGAUCAUGGUGGGACUGGCUUACUUCGCCGCAGUGCUCAGUAUGAUCGGAGACUGGCUGCGCGUGCUGUCCAAGAAGACCAAAGAGGAGGUGGGCGAGUUCAAAGCCCAUGCGGCUGAGUGGAAGGCUAACGUUCGGGCUGAGCUCCGUGAGACGCGGCGGCGCCUCAGCGUCGAGAUCCACGACAAGCUACAGCGCGCCGCCACCAUCCGCAGCAUGGAGCGGCGGCAGCUGGGCCUGGAGCAGCGUGCGCACUCCCUGGACAUGCUGUCACCGGAGAAACGCGCCAUGUUCGCCAGUCUGGACACCAACCGCUUCAAGACGGCGUCACAGGAAAGCAUCGACGUCAAGCUCAACAACCUGCGCAUGAAGGGAGCCUACGAGGGCCAGAGGGGCGCAGGGCAGGCGCAAGAGGCCGCUGUGUCGGGGUCUGAGGAGAACUUGUUCAACUUGAAAUUCGGCUCUCUGGGGAAGAUCGCACGACGCAAGAAAGACCUACGGAGAGACAUGAUGGACAGCUCGAGACGGGCCAGCGAAUGCAUCAACCGCUCCAGCACCAUGAGCGAGGACAGGCAAGAGGACGAGGAAGCCAUGAAGGACAGCGGGGACGGGAAACGAGACAACACCAGCCUUACGAACAUCUAUGUGUCGGAGCGCAGCAAGCUCAACGGGUUCUUGCCCAAAGAGCGCGUCAGUGACUAG